CGGCUCCUCAUACAAACACAUGUGAAUUAGCUGCUAGCUAAACAACAAGUACGAAAAGUGGCGAUAAACGCCGCCGAAAAUGGUUCAGUUUAGCAGAAUCUGCUUCCGUAAGUAUGGAAACUUUGUGGACAACCUUCGUAUGUACGUCCAGGGAGGUAACGGUGGCAUGGGUUUACCUCGUCUUGGGGGCCAGGGGGGGAAUGGGGGAGAUGUUUGGGUGGUGGCUUCAAAGAACAUGACCUUGAGGAGGGUCAAGGACAAGUACCCAAAGAAACGUUUUACAGGCACAGUGGGAGCCAACAGCAGUGUCCGUUCACUGAAAGGAGAGAGGGGUGAGGACAAGGAGAUCUUUGCUCCAGUUGGUGUUACAGUCACCACUGAUGAUGGCAGAGUACUUGGUGACCUGAAUGCUCUGGGCGAUCGUGUGUUGGUGGCAAAAGGAGGACAUGGAGGCUCCCCCUACACUGCGUUCAAACCCACUAAGGGUGAUUUCCAGCACAUCCGACUGGACCUCAAACUCAUCGCUGACUUGGGCCUGGUGGGGUUCCCAAAUGCUGGAAAGUCGUCUGUCCUGACAGCCAUAUCUAACGCAACACCUCAGAUUGGCAGCUAUGCUUUCACAACUUUGAAGCCUGAGAUUGGCAAACUGAUGUACAAAGAUCACAAGCAGAUUUCUGUUGCAGACCUCCCAGGCCUGAUUGAGGGGGCUCAUAUAAAUAAAGGCAUGGGCCACAAGUUCCUGAAACAUGUGGAAAGGACCAAGCAGCUGCUGUUUGUGGUGGAUGUUUGCGGUUUUCAGCUGGCAAGUAAAACCCCGUUCAGGUCGGCGUUUGGAGCUGUGCAGCUUCUCACCAAGGAGUUGGAGUUAUAUAAUGAGGAGCUUACUUCCAAGCCUGCUUUACUGGUGGUGAAUAAGAUGGACCUGCCUGAAGCUGAGGACAAACUAGCACAGCUACAAGAGCAACUACAAAACCCAGAAGAGUUUUCUGAUCUGUUGCCUGACAACAUGAUACCAAAGAACUACAUGACCUUCGGACACGUGGUCCCUGUCUCUGCCUCCACUGGGUUUGGUAUUGAGCACCUGAAAAGUUGCAUCCGCAAGUCGCUCGAUGAAGACGAAGCCACAGCAACUAAAGCCAUCCAUCAUGACAGGCUGCAGGCACUGAGGCAGCAUUCACAGAAACAUUUGUGACAAAACACGGACAAUAUCUCACCACGACGGGUGACAAGUACCAGCAGAGUCCCGUCCUGUUCAGCAGUUGAAAGACCUAUAAUAACAGAAACUGUACAGUUAUAGUGCACAGUUUCUGUUAUAUGAACGUGAUGGAUUACAACAGUAUCUUACAGACUGUCUUACUGUAAAAACAUCCAGUGUCACAAGGCUCUGCACAAGUUAAACUCUGCUGGAAGUUGCUUGCUCAGUUAAAGGUUGUUCUUUUCUUCUUCAAGUUUGAGUAUAUUUAUGUGAGAAAUGACAGCGCAGACACCUGUGUUGAUGAAAGUUUUAUUUUAUAUUAAAUAUAUUACAAUACUGAAUGAUUAGGAGGAAAAAAAUAAUAAGGGGUUUUUGCAUCAUCAGUCUGUACAGCAUACAGGCAAAAAAUAAAAAUAAAAAAGACAG